UUCGCCUUGACGGAGGCUCUCUGAGAGAAUUGCGCUGUGCGUGAAAUCAUUUUUUUUUAACAUGGGAAAGGAUAGGAGCUGCAUUUUCAAAUGCUUCUAAAAUAUUUUAGGGACUUCAGAUUGAAAAAAGUUUUAAUGUUUUGCAAUAUACUUUCAAUUAGCUACAUUAUAACUGGUUUUAGACAAAAGUUUUUAAAUCACAAUGUUAUGUCUAUAAUAUAGCGUAUCAUAAUCUCAUUCGAUAACAUUAAGAACGUUUUGCUUGAAAAAAUUUCUUUAAAGAAUUAGAAGCAUUUGAAAAUGCAGCUCCUAUCCUUUCCCAUGUUAAAAAAAAAUUGUUUUCACGCAAGCGCUAUUCUCUCAGAGAGCCUCCGUCAAGGCGAAUUCGAGCAGAUCAAGCUUCGCUCGUUCGGGAGUUCAUCAGUAGGGAUGCCCAUUUGGAGAAGCAAUCGAAAGAAUUUUUACGUUAUUUGGCAUCAUGGAAAAUGGCACCAGAAAGUUCUCUUCGUGGCCAAGCCCUUCCUGCAAGACGUUCUCUUCAUUUGGUUGGAUGCGUGGAGUGCAAAACCGCUUCCGGCGUUGGUCAAGUUCGGCUUGAGUGUUGUGGUGAUUGCGGUUAUGCUGCUUCCUGUUGUGUACGCGUUGUGUGGCACUCUGCUUUACCUUGGAUUUUGGCAGCAACAAAUCGAUAGUUUAUAUCCCUCUGUAUUUCCCAUGAAAAUGCAGUCAUUCUACUGGAUCCAGCAGAUAUUGAAACAAACGGUAUACUCGGAUGCACAAGUGGAUUACUUUCAGCGACGAAUUCACGGAUUUCUGUUGAUCACUGCUGGGAUGAUGGAUUAUAUGAGAUUGCUAUUGGAAAUGGUAUAGUAAAUAAAUUAUGC